AGCUGAGGUUCAGUAGUUAUUGAGGUUUUUGGGUGAGAUGCCACAAGUUCUGUGGUGGCUAUUUCUGGGCUCAGCUCUGGUCUCAGUCAUAAAUAGUUCGGUAUUGCUUCGAGUUCCUUUGGCUUGGCAAGAUCGGAAUACAACUAAAUUUACUGAGGCUUUCAACAGUUUCAUAACUGGCGAUCAAUCACUUUAUCCAAGGAGUCUUCAUCUACUGCUGACCAACCGGCGAAAUAUCGAGUACUAUGGCAACAUAGCCUUGGGCACACCACCGCAGCAAUUUCGUGUAAUAUUCGAUACGGGAUCAGCCAACACUUGGAUACCCUCCAGCAAUUGUCCAAGGACUAAUGUGGCAUGCCAAAGGCAUAGACGCUAUAAUGCCAGUAGUUCAACGAGUCAUGUCCUUGAUGGACGCAAUUUCAGCCUUUCCUAUGGUUCUGGCACUGUGACGGGUUACCUAUCGAAAGAUACCCUACACAUUGCUGGUGUUGAGGUUGCCAAUAUAAGUUUUGGUCAGGCUCUGCUUCAGCAUCAGUCGGUCUUCAGCAGUGUGACAUUUGAUGGAAUUGUGGGUCUUGGCAUGUCCAGGAUUGCCUGGCCAGGUACAACACCUUUUGUCCAGCGUCUAUGUGAGCUUAAGUUGGUGGACCAGUGCCUGUUCUCUGUCUAUAUGCGUCGCAAUCCAUUAAACAGUACAAGGAAAUAUGGCGGCGAGAUAGUCUUUGGGGGCAUUGAUGAGUACCAGUUUGAUGGAAGUCUACACUAUGCACCUAUCACACCGUCUGGUUACUGGAAACUAAGGAUAACCAAAGUGUUAGUUGGUCAAAAUGAAAAAGUCGAUGGUCCUGUUAAUGGCAUAUUGGAUACAGGGACCUCAUUGAUCCUUGUGCCGGAGUACAGCUUCGAUCGCCUUCAUCUGGCCUUGGGAGCCAAAGUACACGGAGGUCACUAUAUUCUCAGCUGUCAGCUGGAAACCUUGCCAAAUAUUCGCCUGAUCAUUGAAGGUGCAGAGUUUGUCAUCACCCCCCGUGAUUAUAUUAUCGAGGUUGAUGACAAAACCGUGUCGAAUAGCUCGUUUUGCGUUUCAGUAUUUGUGCCAAUCGUUAUGAACUUUUGGGUGCUGGGUGAUAUAUUCCUUAGCCGCUACUACACGGUCUAUGAUUUGGAUAAAAAGCGCAUCGGAUUGGCUAAAGCCACUCCAGAACUAAAUUAGAAUCGAAUGAGUGGAAUAAAACAUGUAAAACUUUAUUUUCAAUGUAAAUAUUUUUUGUUUAAACAAUUUUGCAAGGCA